AUGGCUGAGGAACAAAGUCAAGAAAAUUCAGAUGGAAAUGCAGAGGAAUGUAUUAUUUGUUUAUCAGAAUUACCCAAUUGCCCUUUAGAAAAUUGGGACAAUAGUUCAGUGCCUACGACUCUUUCUGCGUCUCCUAAUGGUAUCUAUGUAGCUACGCUACCAUGUCGACAUUAUUUCCACAAUCAGUGUUUGGAAAAUUGGUGUGAGGUUGCGAACACAUGUCCUCUUUGUCGUAUAGAGUUUUUCAAAGUUGAUGUAUACGAAUAUGUUGGAGGUCCUUGGUUGCGUGCUUACCCAGUUGAGGAAAAAGUACAGACAGUAGCUAAUGCUGAGGUACCAUCUGAAUUUGUGGAAUCAAAUGAAUUGACCCGCUGUGUCAUUUGUGGUGGAUCCGAACAACAGGAUGUGUUACUUCUAUGCGACGGAUGUGAUGAUGCAUACCACACUUUUUGUUUGGAUCUAGAAGAAGUUCCGGAGAACGAGUUUUAUUGCCCUAAUUGUGUUUUUUUAAAUAAUGAAAACGUUAAUACUUUGGCUUCCCGUAUUUCUCUCUCGCGUCGCCGACGAACUAAUGGCCGUGCUGCCAGAGCUUCGAGGGUUUCACAACGCCAGCAGCGUGCGUGGACUAGAGCAUGGAAUGCCAUUCGCAAUCGUACGUGGGAAAAUUUGAAUUCUGAUUUAUCUUACUAUACGCUUGAUACUGGUAUUCCCAGGCGAAAUGAAGCUUCUGACUUGCUACGGAGAAGAAUAGAAAACACUAGGCUACGGUCCACCUCAAGUGUGAAUGAUGAACAAGAGCAGCAACAACCAUUUUUGCAGACGCCCAUCACCAGUGAAUCAGAACGAAAAGCUUGGAGUGAUUUUGACGUUGUGUUGCACAGUAACCAAGACCGCUCCGGAACUGAUGGAAGAUCUGAUGAGAAGCGUUCUAUAGUAUCUCAAGAUCCGUCCCUAGCAUCUGAUGGUACAAAGAAGCUAAAAAGACCGGUUCACAGGAACCGAAAUGCCUCGAUUUCUGGUGCUCCAGGUUCUUCCUCUAAUCUGACGACGACUAAUGAUCAAGCGCGUGAGCCAUCUGUACUUGCGAAUUUAGUAAAUAACAUCAAUCGGCCGUCCUCUUCUCUAAAUGACUCUCAGUUUUUGACGAAGGUUCAAUCAAUUUUAAAACGAUCUCAGGAUGGCAGCUCAUCAAAUAGCUCGAAUGAACCACAUAUAACUCCUCUUUUUUCCAAUCUUUCUCCCCAAAGUUCUCCUCCUUUUCACUUGGAAACAUCGUCUCCAAAUUCUCACCACGUUGAUGAGUCUCCACGUGUCACUGAACCUGGUGAGAUCGUGGAUAAUAAUAUGUUAGAAAACACUACCAAAUUGCAAGCGGGUCCUCAGCCAUCUGGACGACGAGAGUUAACCAAAUCUACAAGGUUGCCUUACGAGGUGAAGUAUCGGAUAGAACGGUUAGUUAAUGCAGCAUUGAAGCCACACUAUAGAAACGCUAAAAUCACGAAAGAGCAGUUUGCUGUUUAUAACAAAAAAAUCUCGCGGUCGCUAUAUUCUUUACUUUCAGAUGGUUCUCUUUCGUUUGAAAGGACGGGUCAAUAUCAAAUAGCAAACGAGAUUCGAGAGCGGGUUGAUUCUUGUAUUCGUUCCAAAGGUGAAGGUGAUUAG